GGUCAUUCACACCUGAGAACAUCAGAUGCUUUCUUUUCUUUUCUUUUCUUUUCUUUUCUUUUCUUUUCUUUUCUUUUCUUUUCUUUUUUUAAACCUCGCUCCAAUCAGAUGAAGCCAAAACAACUCGUCCAGAAGCACAUUAAAGAGUGAAGAAGAGAAAAAGAUGUGGAGUAAAAACCUCCAUCUGUCACGAGGUGCUCACUUCCACACACCUCCUUCAGAAAGAAUCCGAAUACUAAUCCGAAUCGGAGCAGUGACUGAUGUCUCCAGCUGACAUCCACAUGCUCCUUAUGCCUAAUGAAAACGUUCCGGGGGGCGGAGUCUAGCGCGUGUCAAUCUGAAGAAAGCCACGCCCCUCGGUUGUUGCGGUAACCUUGGCAACUGUUCUGUUGCCGGAAACGCGAGUAUUGCUAGCGGUGUUUCUCUGAACGCAAAUUAACUGCAACUUUUAAAGCAGAUAUGAGUGCAAAGAAACCAAAACGACCUGUGAGCAAAAAGAAAGGUCAGAAGAAGAAAUCAAUAACAUCAGAGCAAAUAACGGAAGCUUCUAGACCGGAGACAGAGACACAGACAGAACACCCAGACUACGUCCAGCCUCUGGUUCUGACCUCGGCCACGCAGGAGCUGUUCGGCUGUCGAACGGAUGAGGACGUCACAGGUGAGAAGCCCUACAAGCUGUUAAAGAAAAAUGACAUCAUCCAGGACAUGAAAACCCGAGCGGCCGUGUCUGACUUCAGCCCCAUCAAACAGGCUGUGCUGGAUUAUCCAGAAGAUGAGAUGCUGCUGGUGUUUGAUCGUGACUUCACCUAUGGUCAGGGCUUCUAUCUGGUGCUCACUCCAGAAGCUAAACACAGCAUGCUGGAGCCCCCCCCAGUAGUGACUGAGGAAGUGAAGGAAGAAAGUGAAGAGGAGUUUGAGGAGGAGCUGAAGAGUCCUACACCAAAGAUCUGGGUUUCACUGGGCAGCGAGAGAGAGAUCGAGGAGGAGUCAAGUACAGAAAUAGGAACCAGACUCCACUAUAAGAUAUCACGGCUAAGACGAGAAUUCGGGGCUCCGGUGCAUUUCUCUGACCUCAGCGCCACACAGACGAAGGGAUUCUACACCGAGUGCAUUUCAUACCAGGACAAGAGCUUCAGCAUCAGAAAACUGGAGCAUAACUGUGGGAUUCAAGCCGUCACUAACACCAAAACCUCUUCCUCUCAGACCUCAUGGAAAUACCCAAAGAACAUGUGGACCCAGUAUGAACCUCAGGAACUGAAAGAGGAGGAGAAAGAGAGCAUCCUGCAGUCAAUGAACCUCAAGAACUUCCUCAGUUCCAUCACUUCCAGGUUUGAGGUGGCCAUCCAGCAGAACAACAUGAUGGAUGUGUUUGUGAAUGAUUUGUGUGUGUUAGGAGAAGACAGUGUGUAUGAAGGGAAAGUCGACACACACCUGAAGGUGUACCAGACAUUCACCGAGCUGCACUACAGCAAAAAUAAACUCAUCAGCUAUAUCAACUGGCAUCCUACUAUCAACGGUAUUAUUGCAGUGUCAGUAACAGAGAAUCUCUCGUUCGAGGAGAGAAUAAACAGCUCCACUAAACUACUUCUCAAUCCACCACUGAUCAUCUUCUGGAGCUUCUCUGACCCCAUCCACCCACAGUUGUUGUUGGAAUGUCCAGACGACGUGCUGUGCUUCCACUUCUGUCCCUCACACACCGCUAUUAUCGCUGGAGGCUGCAUGAACGGCCAGGUGGUACUAUGGGAUAUCUCAGACCAUGUGGACAGACUGCAGGGAACUCGCAGUGGACUAAGAACAAAAGUGACCAACACAAUGCAGAAGAUAGAGGAGAAGCAGAGCAGCACUCCUGUAGUGCGUUACUGUGCCGUGUCGGGGAUUGAGAGUGGACACCGCGGGCCGGUUACAGACGUGCAGUGGCUCCCGGAGAACUUCGAGGUCUCGAAGGUUGGAAUCCCGCUGGAAAAUAAGAACCAGCUUUCAGUCCAGAUUGCUAGCUGUUCUACAGACGGUUGUGUGUUUUUCUGGGACCUGCGUGCUCCUCAUGCAGGGGCUCCAAAUCUGACGGAACACAAUGCUGAAGAGAAAGCUCUAGAGAACCUCCAUGAAGCUCCCAACACCUUUAAAUACCUGGACCUCAGCUGGAAACCUCUGUUUAGAGUGACUUUCCCUAAAAUAGACAGUGCAGGUGAAUACAGUCCUCUGAAGCUCAGUCUGAGAAACAGCGUGUGCUACACUACUGCAGUGGACCAAUCUGAGGUUCCAGAGUUCUCUGCUCUCAGUGUGCCCUCCUCCAAGCACCUGCACCACCUGGACACCAUCAGCACCAAAUUCUUCGUCGGCACUGAGAAUGGAGAGCUGGUGUACACCGACUGGGUACUGCAGAAGGACAACGAGACAGGACAACACUCUAGUCCUAAGCCCAUUUCUGUCUCUCAGGUGCAGGACACUCAGAUAAAUACGCUUCUCCGUUCUCCGUUCUUUGAGGACCUUGUUCUGAGUGUAGGUGGUUGGACUUUUGCCAUCUGGAAAGAAGGAGUUAUGAACGCUCCCAUCCUCCACUCGCCGUGUUCCAAGUGUAAGCACAUGACCGGAGUCUGGUCUCCAACACGUCCCGCUGUGUUCUUCAUCGGGAAAGAGGACGGCAGCCUGGAGGUGUGGAACCUUCUGGAGAAAACCCAUGAACCUGUACUGAACCAGAACAUCAGCUCUUCUCCGAUCACCUGCAUCAAACCCCGGAUUGUUUCCUCUAAGCAGCACUUCUUGGCCGUGUCUGAUCGUCUGGGAACGCUGUACAUCCUGGAGGUCCCGUGGACACUCCGUCAGCCUUCUCCUAAUGAGGAGCAGAACAUGAGCAGCUAUGUGGAGAGGGAGGUGGAGCGUCUGAACUACACUGAGAUGAGGUUGGAGGAGCGAGCGAGAGAAAAGAUAGCAACGGAGGAGAACAAGAACCUAAUGAGAAGUUCAAAGGAUUUGGAUAAUGAUCAGAUGGAGGAGCUGGAGAAGGAGGUACAAAGAGAUUUUGAUGAAUAUUACACUCUGGAGAAACUCAUGAUGAAGAACAUGGGCCUUGUGAAAGAAACCCAGGACACAGAUAACGAGGACGUGAGGAGUGUGAGCUGAUGUUACACAGCUCAACCUGAAUACACAUCUCCUACAGUGAAAUGAAGCUCGUACAGUAAAAACACAUUCUCCAGAGCACUGAAAGGUGUGUGUGUGUGUGUGUGUGUGUGUGUGUGUGUGCGUGCGUGUGUGUGCUUGUGUGUGUGUGUGUGCGUGUGUGUGCUUGUGUGUGUGUGUAUACUGUCUGUCAUCAAGCUCUCUCUGAUGGGCAGCGGUUUUCAGAUGAGCUGCCAAACAUCUAUCAGGCAGAGCGAGAAGAAAGCGAGACGAGGAGUGAGACAUCAAACAGCCGUCUCAUCUCUCAGUACUAAUAAACCCAGAUUAAACAAUGUGAAGGGCACUACAUCAGGGGAAUGUCCACACACACACACACACACACACUUACACCAAUACGUGUGUUUUGCAGUAUCGGUUGUCAAAGAAAAAAUAUUUCUAGCGUUUCUCAUUCAUCUGAGCCCAAAUCUGUGUGUUUAACCCUUUACACACGAACAGGUGUAUGCGUGUUUGUGUGUGUGUGUGUGUGUGCUUAUAAAUAUGCAGUUCCUGGCCAAUGGUAUCUACCAAAAAAAAACCUUUUUCUUCUAUAUACUUGAACCCAAACCUGUUCCAGCAUGACAAUGUCCCUGUGCACAGAGACAGCUCCAUAAAGAUCUGCUUUCCAUAGGAUGUAGUGGAACAUCUUGAGUGGCCUGUUGACUACACCCCAGACCUCCUUAUCGCACCUACAUCAGAACACUUGUAGUUAAAUAAAUCCCACACAAAUCUCCAUAAAGUCCAUAGGAACAUCUUCCCAGAAGAGUGGAGCUCAUUUUAACAGCAUAUGUCAACUAAAUGUAGAAUGGGACGUUAAAACAAAAAGCACGUAGGAAUCUUAUGGUCAGGUGUCCACAAACUUUUGGCAUGCUAGUGUCUUGAAUGGCGUUCGACCCCACGGAGUAGUGACCUGUUUAGUUGUGUGUUAUUUAACGUGAUCUUCAGAGCGAAUGAUCAACUCCAUUCUUAGUCCUUCACUUUUUCUCCACUGCACCACUGUUUGUGGUUGAAGCUGUGGGUCUAGGCAUGUUUCAGGUGGGCUAUAAGUGCACACACACACACACACACACACACACACACACACACACACACACACACACACACACUGAGCGAGAGAUUGUUUUCGCAUUCUAAAAGAAGAAAGGGGCAAAAGUUCAGGCUGGCAGACAGUCCUGUAUCAGAUAUCAGGCCAGUCUGAGAAAACACACUUCAGCGCUUGGUUUCUGGCUGCAGGAGCUCAAACACAUUAUUCCUUCAUCACCACUUAUCUUAUACUCACCUUUCAUUUCACACCGCAUGCUGAGAAAGGAGAUCUUCCUUCCUUCAUAAGGAUGUAAAUCCACACACUCCUUCUUUCGCACCCACCCUACUCGCCAGAUUUGGCUCCUGUGGACUUCGCCCUCGUCUCGGAGAUGAAGAGCCAGCUUGCCGUUUUGACACCGUUGUGGAGAUCCAGCGUGAAUCGCAGAAGAAGCUUUUCGAAAAGAAGACUUUGGUUCGCUGUAUUGAUGUGCAAGGGGACUUUUUUGAAGGUGAUAAAUGAAGUACUUUAUUGUAAACAGAGUCUCAAAACCUUUUGAUACCACCUCAUUGUGCUAACAGGAUGGUUUUGGAAGAUGGUUUUGGACCACGAAUCCUACAAAUGCUUUCUGCACUCGAGUCUCCAUCAGUCCAUAAUCCGGGGAUUUCCAUUUCAAUCCAUAGAAUGAAAAUCCGGGGUCUGGCUAAAGACGGGUUUUCUUACAAGUUUGGUUCUUUUCCAGGUUCCUCCUGGAAUGACUUGUAGUGGUGAUUAAUACAAGCAUAAAGCAUUACAUCAUCUUUCACAU